AUGAGACAGGAGGAGAUUCCUAGGGAGCCUACUGGAUUUGGUGCUAGAGAUGUCCAGGGGUCUGGUGGUCUCACAAAGUUUCAGCGCAAGGGUAUUUGGGAGGUAAAACGGUACAACGGACCUCAUACGUGUCUUGCGACGUCCAUCUCUAGCGACCACAGGAGUCUGGAUAAUCAUAUGAUCUCGGCAUUCAUCAUGCCAAUGGUUAGAGCUGAUGCAUCUAUCAGCAUCAAGGUGCUUCUGAAUGCGACGGCGGCACACUUUAGGUUCAGGCCGACUUAUAGGAGGGUUUGGUUGGCGAAGCAGAAGGCCGUCGUCACCCACAUCUAUGGUGAUUGGGAUGAGUCAUACAACGAGAUGCCGCGGUGGGUGUUAGGAGUUCAGUUGACGAUGCCUGGUAGUGUUGCAGUCCUUAGGACGAGUCCUGUUCGAGCAUUCCGUCAUUGCAAGCCGUUGGUGAGUAUUGACGGCACCAACUUGUAUGGUAAGUAUGGGGGAACGUUGCUCGUCGUGAUUGCACAGGACGGGAAUUCCAACAUCCUGCCUGUUGCAUUUGCACUCGUGGAGGGUGAGAAUGCGGAGUCUUGGGCGUUCUUUCUUUCCCAUCUUCGGCAGCACGUGACCUUGCAAUCGGAUCUCCUGGUUAUAUCAAAUAGGCACAACGAGAUCAAGGCUGCACUUGAGGCUCUUAACGGAGGAUGGCUACCUCCUGCUGCAUACCAUAUAUUUUGUAUUCGACAUGUGGCAGCAAAUUUUGCCCUCACAUUCAAGGGAAAGGAUGCAAGGAGGCUUCUUGUGAAUGCAAUUUAUGCGAAGACUGAGGUGGAAUUCGAUUACUGGUUUGAUAUACUGCGGUCUGAAGACCCUGCCAUGUGUGAGUGGGCGAACAGGAUUGAGUAUUCAUUGUGGACUCAACAUCGGGAUGAGGGUAGGAGAUUUGGGCACACGAUGACAAAUAUAUCCGAGUGUGUUAAUUCAAUCCUGAAGGGGGUCAGGAAUCUUCCGGUGUGCUCGCUCGUGAAGGCGACUUAUGGGAGGUUAGCAGAGCUAUUCGUUCGUAAGGGGAGAGAGGCAGAGGCUCAGCUAAGAACCGGACAGCAAUUCAGUCAACAUCUAGUGAAGUGUAUAGAGGCCAAUCUGAAGACGGCGAGGUACUUCACAGUGACUUUAUAG